AUGGAGAAAGUGAAAGCAUCGGGAGUGGCAGGUGUAGAAGCUGCUGUAAACCAGAGAAAUUUAAAAAGGAAGCAGUAGAAGAAGUGAAAUCAUGGAGACGUGAAUAAAAUAAAUGAUCAGUUUCUGAGGCAGCUGGAAGAAAAGGGUGAUGACAUGGACUUGGCUAAAAAAAAAAGACCUAAAAUCCAGCACUGAAGCUCUCAUCUGUGCGGCCCAAGAACAAGCUUUGAGGACGAAUUAUGCAAACUUAAAUACGGACGAGAGUGUGGAAUCUCCAUUGUGUUUAAUGUGUCACGAGAGAGGUGAA